AUGAUGUCAAAUUUGGUUAUAAUUUUUCUUCUUGUUUUUUGGUGUAUGAUUUCAACAGCAACUGCAAUAUCCACAAAUCAAUCAUGUGCAGAUAAAUGUGAACCGGAAAAAUGUGCAAAAUUGGUUGAUGAUUGCAAAAAAACUGUUUUGGAUCCUUGUCAAUGCUGCAAUGUUUGUGUUAGUCAAGUUGGUGAAAGUUGCGGUAAUCCUGGACAAGUUUGUGAUAACAAAUUGCAAUGUCGACAAAAGGAUCCGAUGAAUGAAACUGGUAUUUGUGAAGGUUAGUUUUUUGGGGGAGGUGGCGGGAUUUCUUUAUUCAAAUUUUUUUAAUGUUUGGAAAAAACAGGAAAAAAGUUUCAACAAAAACCCAUUAUUCCUUGAUUUUUUUUCCCAUCCAAAAAUCCAUAAUAAGAAUAAUAUAUUUCUAAUGUUUCUCUCGUCCGAAUCAUCCAUCCAUCCAUCCUGCUGGCGCCUACGAGUAAAGUAAAUAAAAGGAAAAAAGCGAAACGAAAUUGUAUAUUUUGGUGUGCUUUUCCUGUGAAGCGAGCAAAGGUUUAGAGACUGACUGCGCAAAUGCUCAACUUCUUCUUUCAUUUUUUGCCUCGUUUCCGAUAUGCGUGUCGAAUUGAGAGUAGGAAAAAAAAACGAGAGAAUCGUAUCGGAUUUCAUUCUUUAAUGCAAAACAAUGAAGUCACAAAGGGUCAAACAUCGAUGGAAUGAAUUCUCAUUAAAAACAUGAUGAAUACACAAAUAUUACAGUCUUUUUUGUAAUACAAAGUUAGAUAUGAUUGAAAUUAAUUUUCGAAACCUAAAAAAAAGUUUUUUUUUUCAAUUUAGAUAGAAACAGUAGUUUAUUCAAUGAGAAAUUAUGGCUCCAAAUUUUCAAAAACAAAAAUCUAAUUCGUGAUUUUUAGAGCCGCAGAAGAGAAAAUCAAAUAUACUGUAGACUUUGUCGGCUUCUUUGAUCUUCUGUAUCAAAAGAGGAAAUUCUUGCUUUUUCUGGGGCAAAAAGUUUCGGAUUGACAAAAUCUCCCAAUUAAUUUACCAUUUUUCAAAAAAAUAUUCUGAAACUUUUAUUUUUCGGGAAUUUCUUUUUCUAGUUGAUCAUUAUUUUUGAGAAAAAAAGACGAUUUUUGUUGGCUAUAAAAUUUUUUGGUAACUUUCUCAUCAAUUUCUUAUUUCUCCAAAGUUUCUUAAUUAAUUUCCCAGAAUGUUCCCCGAAAAUAUUUCCUUGUAAAAGACGAAAGUUUCUUCAAAAUAUUGACGUGUUUAUUAAAUAUGUGUAUUUAAAUACACCCAAAAAAACUAGACAUUGUUCCCGUGAACAAACAAUCUUCUUCUUCUUCUUCUUCUUCUUCUUCUUUAUCAUAUUUGUCUUUCCAUGAGAUUCUUGAUUUUCAAUGGUUUUUGUCUUAAAAUACUUGUGUUCCAUCGAAAGCUUGUAGGUUUUCUUUGGAACAGAAAAACUUUUUUUUCUAUCAGAAAUAUUUUUUAUAUGAAAAAAAAAUGAGGAAUUUGUGUUCCUCCUGAUAUAUUUUGGCACAUUCCUCAAAUACUUUAUCACCUCACCUCAACUCUCUUUUUUUCCUCGCUUGUUUUUCUUUUUUUUUUGUUGGUCAUCACACCCGAUUUUUCUCUAUUUUUCACUCUUCAAAAACAUUUUUCUCCAUCUUUUUUUUGUAUGAUUCAUUUCACGGAAAAUUGUCAUAAUUUUUUUCCAUUUUAUAUUUCAUUUCAUUUCGGGUCACAUUUUUUCGAAAAGUGUCGAUUUCAGCUAUAUCAUUGGCCUUUUUGUUGUUUUUCCUGUCACAUUUUUCUGUGUGCCCCGUGAUGAUCUGAUUAUUAUUACAAAAAUCUGUAUGUUUUGAGAACACAGUCUUCUUUUCUCAUUCUUUUAUGAGCCGAUAGAUUUUUGUCAUUAUUUUCUUUCAUCAAAAGAAAAGAAAUCAUCGGAAAUGAAACUAUUUCUAUUUUUAUUCUUUAUUGCGGUAUUUUUCCCAAUUUUCUAUGCUUUUGGGAAAACAAAAAGUUAGUUGAUAUUAAUUGGCUUUUAUUGAAAAAUGUCGAGUUUAAAAUUCAAGAAGGGAAUUUUUUUUUUCAUAAUUUUGGAAGUUGGGAAACUUUUCUAGACGUAAUUUUUCCGAAAAUUAUUCAGAGAGAGGAUAUUUUUGAGUUUUUAUUUUCAUCCGUAAAAUUUUAUCCGCAAGCCAAUUUUCAGAAUAUUUAAUUUUUUUCGAUUCUGUAGACAAUUUCAAUAUUUCUAAAAUUUUGAAAAAAUACUACAGUACUCCGAAUUUUUGUAUCGAUAAUUUUCACUUCAUUUCUGAAGAUGUCAUAAGUUCGAAAAUCCUCGAAAAAUGUUCAACAUUCCCACACUCAUCAAUCUCUUUUCUCGUAGUUUUUUGUCCGUUCGGUCCCCACAAAUACUAGAAAAACUAAAGAAAUAAAACAACUUUAUUCGUCUUUUUUCCAAAGGGGUGACUCUUUCGUUUUUUUUUGUUUCUUUGUUUAUUCUUUUUAAAAUAUAAAAAAAAACUCGAGGAAAAUAAAUGUUUAUGAUUUUUGGUGAGAUAGGAUAGGAUAGAAAUUAGGUUCGCGAAGAAUAAGAUGAGAUUACUUUUUGAUAUAAGUCAUGUUCAUUUUGUGUCAAAAUAAUAAAAUUUGCCUUCAACUCUUUUCCGGGUGAAAAUAGGCCUAAAAUCGGCCUGAAAAGGGCUUAAAGGGAUAUAUUUUAUACCAAAUGACUUUUUUUGCAGAAAUGAAAUCUCCUGGUUGUAUGUCAGCCAAUUGUACAAUCGCCUUCAGUCCAAUCUGUCCAUCCGACUCAUUUUUGGUUCAAAAUCCACCGCCGCCUGGAGAAUGUUGUGGACAACCGGGAAAAUGUUAUUGCGAUUUACAGGUAUUAUUUUUUGCCCCACAUAUUUUUCUCAAAGGGAUCUAAAUACAGUAGUUUGAAGAGUAAGAAAAAAGCAAAAAAAAAGAAACACAGUUCUUAUUUGUUCUUCUUCACUUUGAGAGCUUUUUUUCGAACAAAUGAGAAGAAAAAGAAAAGAAAGCACAUAUUCGAGACGAGCCAGCCACGUAUCAAGACCACUAUUGUUCGAUUUAAUUGAAAGAAAAAAAGAAUGAAUGAAGAAUGAAACAAUAGACAGGGAAACAAACGAAUUGAUCAAAGAUGAAUGUAGUUUGAUCAUAGGUUAAAGUUAAAAAUAGUCUGGGCUCUCCACACGCUGAUCCUCAACGAAUUGAUUUUCUAGGCUCGGCUAAUUGCUAGAGUGAAUCUCUAGGUGCGGAUCCUUGUGAAUUAAGUUCUCUAUGUUAGGCUACUUGAUAAUUGUGCUCUCUAAGAUCGGCUACUUGAAAACUAGGAUCUCUAGGCGCUGAUCCUUAGCAAAAAAAUUUUCUAGGCUCGGCUACUUAAGCCCUCAGUGCUUUAAAAUUUGAAGUUCAAUACAGUAUUUUCAUUUUUGGGGCUUUUGAGAAAUUAGAAUUUAAAAUCAAAAUUCUAAUUAUCAAAUCCUGAACUCCAAGCAACUUUUCCAAACCUUUUGUUUCAGAAAUGUGGACCACUUUUACCAAAAUGUGAAAACGGAGAAGAAUUAGUCUUGAAACAAAAAGGAAGCGAUGAACCUGGAAAAUGUUGUGAUAUUUUUGAAUGCAAAAAGAAAGGUAAAUAUUUUUCUAACCUUAUCCUAACUCAUAUUCACCCAACAUUUUUUCAAGAUAAAAAAUGUCAUUGUCCAAUUUCAUCUCGAUCAUUUGAUGAAGGUGAAGAAUGUCCAGCUGAUAGUUUUCGUCCUCCCGAACACGUCACAUCAGAUUCUUGUUGUCCAAUCAAACAAGGUUGCAAAUGUCGUGGUUUGAUUUGUCGACCAGCUCAAUGUGCUGAUGGAGAAGAAGUUAAAAUAAUCAAAAGAGGAACUGGACAACCGGGAAGAUGUUGUGAUAUUUUCGAGUGUCAAAAAACGACGGAAAAAUUGAAGUGCGGAAAUUAUACAGAGGGAGACAAAUGGCAUAAUUCGUCGUGUGAAUCGUGUAGUUGCAAAAAAGGAGUUGUGAUGUGUAGUAAAAUGGCAUGCAGUAAUGUAUCACGUGAGUCGCAUCCACAUAUUAUUGGGAAACUUUUUUUUGAAAUCUUUUUUUCAGCUGAAUGUACUUGGGUUGGAAUACCAGAGGGUGAAUGUUGCCCAAUUUGUUUGGGAUGUCAAACUGAUUCUCUUGAAAAAAAGAAGAGAAAUGAGACAUGGCAAAGCGAUGAUUGUACUGAGUAAGUUACUCGAACUCCAAAAUUCUGAAAAUCAAAAAAUAAUUUCAGAUGUGUUUGCUCAAAAGAAGGUGCUCACGUUUGCACUAAACACAUGUGUAAAACAGAUUGCGAAAAUCCGAGAAAAAUACAAGGACAAUGUUGUCCGGUUUGUGAUGAGCCAACAAUUGUUCGACCGCCUGCCACGUGUCCGAGUUUGGAGCAUUGCUCCUUGAGGUAUAUUUUGAAAAAAAAAUGAUUUUGGGGAUAACAGAUAUUUUUUUGAAGAUGUGCAAAUGGUCUUCGUCGUGAUAAUGUUGGAUGUUAUGUUUGUGAAUGUUUGCCCGAAGAUAUUCCAAUUGAUGCACAAUGUCAAGAAUUGAAUGAUGAAAAUUGUGACAAGUAAGGAAUAUUUCAAAAGAGGGGGUGGUAGGAACAACAAGUACAAAAAAUCAGCUUAGAAGAUCAAUUUUUGAGCUCUAGAACUCAAUUUUGAGCCCAGAAAGUCAAUUUUGAGCUCUAGAACUCAAUUUUGAGCCCAGAAAGUCAAUUUUGAGCUCUAGAACUCAAUUUUGAGCCCAGAAAGUCAAUUUUUGAGCUCUAGAACUCAAUUUUGAGCCCAGAAAGUCAAUUUUGAGCUCUAGAACUCAAUUUUGAGCCCAGAAAGUCAAUUUUGAGCUCUAGAACUCAAUUUUGAGCCCAGAAAGUCAAUUUUCAGCUCUAGAACUCAAUUUUGAGCCCAGAAAGUCAAUGUUGAGCUCUGGGACCUAAAAACUAAGAUUACUAGGCAGAUGUGAAUGCUCUUUUUUCAGACAAUGUGCACACGGAUAUUUGAAAGAUAACGAAGGAUGUUUGUCUUGUAAAUGUGCAAAAUGUCCACCUCUUCAUCAAUGUUUUAAACAUUGUUUAUAUGGAUUUGAAACCAAUUCAGCUGGAUGUCCACUUUGUAAAUGUCGUGCAAAAUUGGAAUUAGCCUCUGAUAAUAAAAUACCGGCAAAAAAGGGUGGGAAUUCGAACAACGAAAAAUGCAUAUCAUUUUCGCCGGAUGGUCAUCAAAUUGAAAGAGAUGGUGGAGAAUGGUGGAGUGAUGGAUGUCGGCAUUGUUUCUGUGAAUCACGACAAGAAUUCUGCUCGCUAAUCUCUUGCCCGUCAAAACCAAAUGAUUGUUCGGAAGAAAUGUGGAUACAAAAAGAGGGCGAAUGUUGUGCGAGUUGUCAUUCAAAAGGAAAACAUAAGAAUAUCGGAAGUGCAGCUGUUUCGCCACGUCAACAAAAACACGAGCAUACUGUAUGUCAAUCGCCUGGAACUGGUCGAUUAUUUACAGAUGGAGAGACUUGGAAAUUGGCACCGUGUGUUUCGUGCACUUGUCGAGUUGGACAUGUUUUAUGCAAGACACAAGAAUGUCCACCGAUUCCUUGCAAAAAUCCAACAAGAAAAAAUGCGGAUGAUUGUUGUCCAGUGUGAGUUUUUGAGCUGUGGGAUAAAAUUGGACCUGAGCCAAGCCGAAUUUUUUGAGAAAAUUUCUGAAUCGGACUUAAAAAUUGGAUAAAUUCUGAAAAAUUUCCAAUUUCGGCCCCCAAAUGUCGAUUUACUCGAAAAAAAAGUCAGAUUUUCUCAAAAUUGGACCUGGUCCAAUUUUUCGGGUCCCAAACACCUAAAAACAAGAUUCUAAAAAAUGAUGCAAUUUUUUUAACCAAAAAAUUAGACCUUUUUUGAUUUUUUGGGAAAAUUCGAGACAAGAUCAGAUUUUAAUUCAAAAAAUUAAAAUUCUAAAUCUCCUUCAUUUUUCAAAUUCCGCAUUUCUCAAUUUCAGUUGCCCUGAUCUUGUUCCACCAACUCCUCCAAAUUUAUCACAAAAAUCCAACAUCGAACCAGUUAUUUGUGAAGAUGAACUUGGAACUGCUCAUUUAGUUGGAACAACUUGGCGAAAAGACGAUUGCACUUCAUGCAUCUGCAAAGAAAAUGGAGAAUCUGAAUGUUUUAAAGAAUCUUGUGAUGAAAUGGGUUGUAGAGGAAAUCCUCUUGUUAUUAAAGGAAAAUGUUGUCCUGUUUGUUCUGGUAAGAAUUAUAUUUAUAAUUAGAAAAUUAAUUGGUUAAUUAAUUAAUUAAAUAUAUAUAAUUUUAAGAUGCUCUUUCAUCAUCAGCAGUUUGUUCAUAUCAAUCAUCGGUUUAUUCAAUUGGUGAACAAUGGCAAGAUGGUUAUUGCUCGAAUUGUACUUGUGUUGCUGGCGGUCAAACUGUUUGUCGUCAAAUGGUUUGUCCAGCAUGUCAAAACACAGUUCCAAUUGAAGGACAUUGUUGUCCACUUUGUAAAGAUGCUGGUUGGGCUCCGUAUGGAAUUGGUAAUGAUUCGACCACAUUUUUAUCACCACGUAUAUCACAAUCUUCAAAUACUGGAACUACAACUGCAAUGUCACUUCUUACUGUAUCUUUGAUGUCUUUGGCUGUUGUUGGAAUGCUAAUUGUUCUUUUAUUGGUUUAUAAGAAGAGUCGAAAAAGUACAAAAGGACAUAAAUUCAAUGAAGUUGGACAAAUGAGUUCGGGAGGAACUUCGACAGUUCGAUUGUCAGCUUCGAAAACAAUUGGAUCAAUGCCAAGAUUGGUUGAUUGGAAGGAUACCAGAGAAAAGUGAGUUUUUUUUUUGAAAUUUCAAAUCUUUUGAAAAAUAUUUUUUCUAGACCAGAAGAUUGCGAACUUCUAAAAACAAGCAGCAAAACUCAACAUAUUCGACACGAUUCUCAAAAUUCGGAUGAUCAAUCAGACAGUCUUUUAUCAACAAUGUCUGAUACAUCAACUACACCAUCUACAGUAUCUUCUGGAAAUGCGCCAAUUUCGGAUACUCAACCAUUGACGCCAACGCGAAAAUUUCCAGUUUAA